AUGGUUGUGUCAGAGGAAACUCAGCCCACAAUGGAAGGUGAUGGAUCUACAAGUAAAAAAGCUGCCAAGAAGGCAGCAAAAGCAGCUGAGAAACAACAGAAGAAAGCCGAACACAAGGCUACAUCAGCACAGUCGCAAAACGACGCAAGCGAACCUGACAUCUCGGAAGGACGGUACGGGAUGCGUAAACUAAUCCAGUCAUCAGGAGAGCACCGUGAACGUAUCUACACUGAUGUAAAGGACUUAAGUGUUAGUUUAGAUGGAAAGGAUGUUUGGGUUAGAGCCAGGCUUCAAACUUCCCGUGCCAAAGGCAAGCAGUGCUUCGCCGUACUAAGACAGAGUUCCAGCACGGUCCAACUGCUGAUCAACGUCAGCGAAGAGCGCGGCGUAAGCAAGCAGAUGGUCAAGUUUGCUGGCAACAUCACAAAAGAGUCAAUAGUGGACGUCCGGGGAACAGUUAUUAAGACCAGCUCUCCAGUAGAGUCAUGCACAAUUCACGAGGUGGAAUUAUUGGGUGUCGAAUUGUGGCUUGUGUCUGCUGCCAAACCUCAGCUGCCUCUACAGAUCGAAGACGCCUCCAGGCCGGAGAAGAAUGAUGACCCGGAAGCCCUAAAGAUCCGCGUGAACCAAGACACGAGACUGGACAACCGUGUACUGGAUCUGCGUACUCCAGCCAACCAGGCCAUCUUCCGCAUUGAGGCCGGCGUCUGCAGACUCUUCCGUGAUAUUCUCACAAAGAAGGGAUUCGUGGAGAUUCACACACCUAAGAUAAUAUCAGCGGCGUCGGAGGGUGGCGCGAAUGUCUUCACUGUAUCCUACUUCAAGUCCUCGGCUUACCUCGCACAGAGUCCGCAGCUUUACAAGCAGAUGGCCAUAGCGGCGGACUUUGAUAAGGUAUUUACAGUUGGGGCAGUGUUCAGGGCGGAGGACUCGAACACGCACCGCCACUUGACGGAGUUCGUGGGUCUGGAUCUGGAGAUGGCCUUUAAGAACCACUACCACGAGGUGCUGGACACCAUUGGCUCCACCUUCACGGAGAUGUUCCGUGGCCUGCAAGAACAAUUCGCGUCAGAAAUUGCGACAGUGGGCCAGCAGUUCAGGGUGGAGCCCUUCAAAUUCCUGGACCCGCCGCUGAGGCUCGAGUUCCCGCAGGCGAUACAGAUGCUCAAGGAAGCUGGCGUAACCCUGGGAGAGGAGGACGAUCUCUCAACUCCAGACGAGAAGCUCCUGGGCAGAUUGGUGAAGGCGAAAUACGACACGGACUUCUACAUCCUGGACAAGUACCCUCUGGCCGUGCGUCCAUUCUACACGAUGCCCGACCCCAACAACCCCAAAGCGUCAAAUUCGUACGACAUGUUCAUGCGCGGCGAGGAGAUCCUGAGCGGCGCGCAACGUAUCCACGACCCCGAGUUCCUCACGCAGCGCGCGCAGCACCACGCCGUCGAUAUAAGUAAAAUUGCUGCGUACAUCGAAUCGUUCAGACUGGGAUGUCCGCCUCAUGCUGGCGGUGGUAUAGGUCUCGAACGAGUGGUCAUGCUGUACCUAGGUCUGGACAACAUCCGCAAGACGUCGAUGUUCCCGCGCGAUCCGAAACGCGUCACUCCUUGA